AGAAUCUCUUUCCCUCUUUCCCUCAAACUCUUUAUUCCCUCUGUCGCUAUUUUGAAACAUCAACAUCCAAAACAGAGUGUAUUUAUUUAUUUAUUUAUUUUUAUUUCUUCUUCACAUGCCAUUUCUUUUUCAUCACUAUUUCUUCCUUUCCGGCGAUUCACUCUUCUCAAAUUCCACUCUCUCUCUCUCUCUCUCUCUCUCUCUCUCUCUCUCUCUCGUUCCUUCCGCCUCAGUCGUCUCUAAUUUCAAUUGGAGACAGAGACAAUAAUAAUGUCACAAGGCUACGCAAUCGAGCUCUACUUCGAUCCGGCGCUCGAAAACCAGGUUCUAAAAGCGUGGAACGUGUUAGCCCGAAGGCAAAUCACAACUCACCUAAUCGAAAUCGAGUCGAGGCCUCACUUAACCUUAUUAUUCCCAUGCAAUUUCACCGACAUUCCCAAAAUCGAAAACAUCCUACGAAACUUCGCCCAAAAGCAAGAGCCUCUAUCUCUAUCCAUGUCGUCAAUCGGGAGCCUCCCGAACGAAAGCAACGUCCUCUUCCUCGGUCCGACUCCCACUUUCUCUCUCCUCCAGUUCCACUCUCAACUGUGUGAAGCUAUGAGGAGAGAAGGUGUCGAGGUUGGUGAUGGGUCCCGCCCCGAUAAGUGGGUCCCACAUUGCCCCGUGGCGGAGGAAGUGCCGAGCGCCCGCGUGGCGGAGGCGUUUAGUUUGUUGAAUGACUUGAAGAUGCCCGUGAGUGGAUAUGCGGUCGAGAUUUCUUUGGUCGAGUAUUCGCCGGUUCGUGAAAUCUUUUCUUUUGCUUUGGGUGCAUUUAAUCAUAUUAGUGAUGUUUAAGUUUUUUUUUUUAAAUUAAUUUAAUUUGGUUUCGGUUAUGUGUUUGUACGAAUUGAUUGUAGAUUGCGAGGAUGGUAGUUAUAAUAUCGAAUUAGUACUUAUUACGCGUUGU